GUGUGGCUCAGGAAGCGUGCAGAGCGCCGAUCGGCAGUGCGCUGUGUCCCUCGGACACAGCGGAUCACCGAUCACGGAAAGAGCCGAAGAUGUCGGCUCGGUCAUGUGAUCAGCUGUGUCCAAUCACAUCUGAUCACACGGGACAUGUACACUGAUCAUCAGAGCACUGAUAAUCAGUGUGCCCUGAUGAUCAGUGUAACCCCAGCAGUGCCACCUGUCAGUGUCCAUCAGUGCCUUGUGUCAAUACUCAUCCAUGCCACCUUCCAGUGCUCAUCAAUGCCACAUAUCAGUGCUUACCAGUGCACAUCAAUGCCACAUAUCAGUGCCCAUCUGAGCUGCCUUUCAGUGUCACCCAUCAGU